AUGCUCCGGACCUCGCCGAGCAGCAGGCGCAACCCGUAUCUGCCCUUCGCCGGCUCCCGCGCGGACUCGCCCCCCACUCUGCCCGGGUACAGCGCCGGCUCAGCCAGGCUGAGGAAGCCGGCCCGACGACCGCUCCUCGGCCAGCUCCGCCUGCCCGCCCGGCUCGCCAGACUCCUCUCCGCCCAUGCGCUCGCCCUCGCCGCCCUCCUCCUCCUCCUCCUGCUCGGCUACUGGCUCUUCAACACCGCCCUCAUCCUCUUCCGCUUCAAGAUCGCCGACGGCCUGCUCUCCGCCGGCUGGGUCGGCGUCGGCCUCAAGAUCCGCAAGCCCCCGCUCAUCUUCGUCCACUCCUCCCAGGCCGCCGCCGUCCUCUGGGAGUCCAACAAGAUGGCCAGCUCCUCCGGCCACCAGCUCGGCCUCCGCUACUGGACCAUCGGCCCCGGCUACACCAACCAGACCGCCCCACUCAGCCCCACCCAGGAACGCCUGCUCAAACGCGCCACCGGGAAGAUCGCAGCCGUCGGACGGACCAGGCCCGAGGGCGACAACGGCUGGCGGCGAUGGGUGCACUCCGCGCUCCUCGAAGACCUCCAGCCGGGCACCACCUACGCCUACGAGAUCGUCCUGCUCAGCAGCCACUUCAGCAACCACGACCCCCACCCGGCCAACCAGUUCGAGAUGGUCAGGAAGACCUACUCCAAACACCGAUUCACCUGGCACGGCGUCGACCCCAUCCAUCUCAGCCACGGCCUCCACCGCAUCUCAGAGACCUCCGUCACCUCGAGCUCGCCAAGCGACGUCCUGCACAUCGUCGUCAUCGGCGACAACCAGUUCGGCGUCCGGCCCUUCCGCAAGAUCGUCAACCGCUUCAUGGACAUCAAAGCCUAUGCGCCCCCCCUCAAAUCACUCUUCGCCCCCCGCCAGAUCGCCAACCACCACAUCCCGACCCCCGCCAAGCCAAACAUGAUCUUCCACCUCGGCGACGCCGUCCAGGAUGUCCACAACCUCAAGCAAUGGCAGACCGACUUCUGGGACCCGCUGACGUUCAAGAAUAAGGUGGCCUCAGAGAUCCCGAUCGUCUAUGCCAGGGGGAACCACGACUUCGACCCCACCGGGCACAACCUCUACUCCGGCGGACUCCCCAAGGUGCAAGUAGGAGAGAUGAACCGGACACAGACGGCCAAGCUCAACUCGAACGCGGCCUUGGAGAUCCCUGGGAUCGCGGAGGCGGACAAGAGCUAUACGACCUUCGAUAUCCACGAACGCGACCCACAGGCCAGGGGCACUUACUUUGCCUACUCACCCCAUCCGAGGGUCCGGGUCAUCGUCUGCGACUCCAACCUCGAACCCACCCGCAAAGUCUCCCCCCAUUCAACGCUCACCGAGGUCGACGAACACGAACGCUGGCUGCUCUGGGAAAUGGCCCGCCCGGAAUGGAAGGAGGCGAGCAUCCGGAUCAUCAUCAUCCACGUCCCUCCGUUUGUCGAGUUCUGGGAGAAACAGAUGUGGACUCAAGGCCACGAAUCCGCCUGGGGGUCAUACGUCCGCACUCGAUUUGCGCCACAUUUCCAUGCUUUGUCACCGCUAACCUCAAGAUACGACAUCCCCCCGGCAUCGAUGGUCAUCUCAGGCCAUUCGCACAUGUACGGCCGAGGGAUGUUGAGCAACUACGUCGCAGGGCAAUACUUCGAGCCCGAGAGCUCGGCGGGGAUCCCAGUAGAGCUGAAGAAGAUGGCCCGGACGCAGAACAGACAGGUGUAUGACCCACUGAAUCCCCAGACCGACCACGGGGUGGUCUAUGUGGUCAGCGGUGGGGCGGGGGGCGUCCUGGACGAGGAGAGGGUCGAGGAGUGGGGCUUCUACGAACGCACGGUCACCAAGGAAUUCCACUUCAACCACCUCUUGCUCGACAUGUCCCGCACCCUCUCAUCGAAAGAGGAAUGGAACCAGGACUGGGAAGACUCGAAAAAUAAACGGAUCCACUUCAAGGAGAAGAAACUCCGGGUCUAUAAACUCAUCGGCAGUCAGCUCGUCUGUCAAGGUCCAAUCGAUGUCGACACUCAUGAUGGCCAAAAGAAGUCCCAGGUCUGGGAGGCGGGCCAUUACUCGGCUACCGAUCGUCUGAUCUGGUCGACUCGGUCGAGUGACGGUCGUUUAUUAGAUCGCUUUAUUAUUGAAGCCGAUUCUUGUCGCUAA